AUGAAACGGGACGCACCAGUCUUCCCACCUCUCGACGGUUCUCUUACUAUCCCAGAAGUCAUCGACUUCAACUUGUACCACAACGCAACUCACCCGUUCUACGUUUUCUCCGUCGGCAAGAAUGGCUCAGAUAUCGUUCGGGUCUCCCAUCUGGAGUUUGGGAGAGCUUGCCAUCGAGCUGCUCGUAUUUUCAACCCUGCUACUGCUAAGGGCAGCGGCACCGUUGCUGUCAUCGCUCUUGCUGACACCAUAGUCUAUCAGGCGGUCGUCGCUGGGCUCAUCCGAGCAGGAUUAGUGCCUUUCCCUAUAUCGCCCCGAAACUCCCCGCUGGCAAUCAUUCAUCUUCUUCAGGAAUCCUCGUGUCACAAAAUUGUCGGCACUCGGGCCACGGUGGGCAAUCUUUUUGAUGAGGUGGAAGCGAAGGUCGCUGCCGCCGGCGAGCCGUUUAAACUGGACUUCGUCGAAAUUCCAACCCUGGAGGAUUUGUUCCCUAAGCUCGGAAGAGAAGUUAAAGAUGAUUCCUUCGUACCCUAUUCCACUCUCGCGCAAAGGCCGUCUCUCGAAUCGGUCUGCAUGUAUUUGCACUCCUCCGGCAGCACUGGUUUUCCCAAGUGUAUCCCGCAAACGCACCGCACCUUGGUGGAAUGGACCACUGUCAGUUUGCCUGACAUGAAAUCCUACACGCCACGGCUAGUGAUGGGUACCAUGCCGCUCCCACCGUUCCACACAAUCGGGAUUUAUCUCCAGUUAAUCCAACCGCUGUUCGGAAUCAUACCAAUCGGCGUCUUCCCGCCUGUGGUACACUCGUCAGGAGAUCAGCCAAUGCCCCCAACCCCCGACAAUACGUUAAAACACUUGAAGAGUACGAAGACAAACUGCCUGAUCAUCGUCCCUGCGUUCCUGCAUGCCUGGGUCAAUUCGCAAGAAGCGCUCGAUCUCAUGAAGAGCUUCGUCUUCGUCGGGUACGGAGGUGGGCCGAUUUCGGCCAAGGUUGGUGAUGCUCUCCUCGCAGCCGGGAUCAACCUUUCCUCGUUGUAUGGAGGAACAGAGUUUGGCAUCACAACAGUUCCUGCCCUCGGACGCGGUAGCGAGUCUAACUGGGAGUGGGUUCGAUUUAGCGAGAAAAUAACCGUCAACUGGGCUCCUCAGAGCGACGGGACAUAUGAAUGCCAGGUCUUGACGACGGAAAACCACCAUCCUGCGAUCGAAAAUAUGCGAUCUCCGCGGGGAUACGCGACGUCCGAUACGUUCGUGCGCCACCCCACUAAAGAGGGACUUUGGAAAAUUGUUGGUCGGAUUGACGAUGUCAUCAUUCAUUCCGCGGGCGAGAAGACUGUCCCAGCGCCGAUGGAGCAAGUUAUUCUCGGAAACCCUAUAGCAAGGAGCGUCGUCAUGUUUGGUCGCAACCAUGACCAAGCAGGGGUUCUUGUUGAGCUAGCUGCAGGCCACGAAAUAGACAUUUUGGACGAAGCUCAGGUCGCGGACAUUCGAAGCAAGAUAUGGCCAUCAAUCGAGGAGGCGAAUCGAAAUGCACCGGCGUUCAGCAGGAUCUACAAGGAGAUGGUUCUCAUCGCAUCGCGCGAUAGGCCUCUCCCACGUUCGCCGAAAGGCACAGUCAUGAGGAAGGCUGCUCUGAACUUAUACGAGGAGGACAUUGAAAGAAUAUAUCGCGUCGUAGAGUCGACUGCAGGGACUGGCAAGAUCGUGCCUCCAAAAUCCUGGGAUAUUGCCGGUCUCACGAAUUGGUUGGUCAAGCAAGCCAAUGACAUACGGUCCAGCAACGCCAUCUCCCCCUCGAAAGACUUGUUUGAUCAAGGGUUCGACAGCCUAAGUGCAACGUUCCUCCAUCUGCGCAUCUCCAGUGCCUUGCGAACGGCUCAGCAGUUUGCCAAAGUGGAGGAUUCCCUGGGACAGAAUGUCGUUUAUGCUCAUCCAGUCAUCGUCGAUCUUGCGCAAUUCAUUCUUGAUCUCUUGAAAACACCGGUUGACGGCGACACCACCAAGGGCAAGGUCGCCGCCAUCGAGAAUAUGAUCAAGAAAUAUAGCGAGGGCUUCGACGCACCACUCCCACUGUCUAAAUCAACGUCAUCCCCCAAGGACGCAGUGCUUCUUACGGGAACAACGGGGAAUAUUGGCUCCCAUGUCCUGUUCUUCUUGCUUCAAGAUGAAGGCGUGAAAGAGGUUUACGCGCUUAAUCGGCCGAGCAGCACAGAUGGUAUGCUUGCCCGACAUGAGGCUAUGUUUAGGGAUAAAGGGUUUGAUGUCGAAUUACUGAAGCACCCGAAAUUGCACCUCCUGGAAGGGGAGGCGUCGGACGAGCUUGGGUUGGGCGUCGAGAGUUAUCGAGAGCUCCAAGAACGUGUUACGAGUAUUAUUCACAUCGCCUGGAGACUCGACUUCAACCUCACGCUCUCAUCGUUCGAGCCCCAUGUCCGCGGAACACGGAACCUCAUCGACUUCGUGCGACAGGGGCCGAACGCGUCCAACGUUCGGUUUGUUUUUACAUCUUCGGUUGGCUCUGCGCUGGGUUGGGAUCAGUCGAAAGGACCUUACCCAGAGGAGGUUGUCCGCGACCCAAAGUAUGCCAUCAGCAAUGGGUACGGAGAGAGCAAAUAUGUGUCUGAACGAGUGCUUGAACAUAGUGGCCUUCAGGCCAGCUCGAUCCGUGUCGGCCAAGUCUGCGGCGGACAGCCUAACGGCGCUUGGGCUACCACCGACUGGGUGCCAAUUAUCGUCAAGUCUGGCCUCGCGCUAGGAGCGCUUCCACAUGCACAAGGGGUGGUCUCGUGGGUCUCUAUGGACGCUACUGCACAAACCAUCCUCGAUGUAGCCUUCGCCAAGGAGCAAGCCCAAUUCGCGUUGAAUCUCGUUCACCCUCGACCAACGAAAUGGAAAGAAAUCAUGGGUGUGAUCUCAUCCGAGCUCAUGAUUGUGAGCGGGUCGACAACACCAUUGCCUCUUAUCCCAUUUUACGAAUGGUUCAAGAAGGUGGAGGAAAGGGCGAAGAAUCCGGCCGCUAAUGAUUUUGAGAAGAUCCCUGGAAUUAAGCUCCUCAGCUUCUAUUGUAAACUGGCGAAGGCUGACCAAAUCUUGGGUAAGAAACCGGGAAACCACUGCAUGGAGAGUGCAGGGAUGGGUGAUUUCAGUACCAGCUGCAUCCAGAACGUGAGCGAAACGAUGAGGAUGGUGCCGCCCAUCGCAGAGGUGGACAUUCAACGGUGGAUCGCGUAUUGGAAAGGGGUCGGCUUCCUGGUCUAA